UGUCAAAUGCUGAAAACAUUAAAAUCUCUUUUAGUGACUCAUAAAUUUCGUUGUUUUUAUUGUUCUAUCGAAAAUUUAUUUAAGAAUCCUUUAAAUACCAGUGAGCGUUCCAACAAAUAGUGUGGCCUAUCGCUUUCAAUUCGAACGCAGAUGGUAGAGUAGAAUAAACAAAGAAUUUCUAACAGCCAAUCACAAAAAUGCAGGAUAAUCGGCCUGAACUUUUCGAGGAGGUGAAACUGUUCCGAAAUGCCAAGGAACGUGAGAAAUACGAUAACAUGGCUGAUCUGUAUUCGAUAGUCAACACACUACAAAAUUUAGAAAAAGCUUAUAUAUGGGACUGUGUUACGCCAAAGGAAUACACAGCAGCUUGCUCCAAGUGCCUCGUUCAAUACAAAGUAGCCUUCAAGCAAGUGCAAGGAUCAGAAUUUCCUAACAUCGACGCCUUUGUUAAGAAAUUCCGUUUGGAUUGUCCAGCUGCAUUGGAACGUAUCAGAGAAGAUCGUCCGAUCACCAUCAAAGAUGACAAUGGAAAUACUAGCAAAUGCAUUGCCGAUAUCGUAUCACUGUUUAUCACACUAAUGGACAAGUUACGUUUGGAGAUUAAAGCCAUGGAUGAAUUGCAUCCCGAAUUGAGAGAUCUUGUUGAUACGAUGAAUCGAUUAUCUUUGAUUCCGGAACAAUUCGAUGGCAAGGAGAAAGUAAAUGCGUGGUUAACCACAUUGAAUCAAAUGCAAGCGUCCGAUGAGCUGUCCGAGAGCCAGGUCAGACAAUUGCUGUUCGAUUUAGAGGCAUCUUAUGCUGCAUUCAAUAAUCUGUUACAUGCUUCUUAAAUGCGCUUCAAAUGAAUGAAUAUUUCCGUUGAGUUAUAAGAGAGAGUUAAAUACAAUUGAUUACGAAUAACAAGUCAAUAAACUUAUAUUAUUUUGCUGUCACAA